AGAAGGAAGGUUGGGGGAGCUAUGCUGGGACGUCUGCGGGAUGUGCUAUGCGCAGGAUGAGUGUGUGACGGUGCAGCUGAAACGGAGAGACAGGCGUACGGGGAAGAAGCAGACGAAUCUGGGAAGGAGAUCUCGUUUUCCGGGAUUCUGUGGCGCACGACCGACGUAUGCUGGGUGUGUGUUAUGGAGCCACCUGCUGGAAUACGGCUUGCUUGCUUGAAGGCAGAUACCGAGGAAGACACGCAGCACAGCGGGGUGGAGAAAGCGAUGCCCACAUGGGGACAGAGAACCUAACCACGCAGGACAAAGUGCACAAGAGAUGCGGACAAUACAGUGCAGCCAGCGAAAGCAAACGGGUGCAUCUACACUACAACGGACAGGCACCCAGGGGCGACGGACCGACAAGCCGCUGCCGGCGUGCCGGCGAGCCGGCACGCCCGCAAGCAGAAUGCAGCCUUCUCUCUGCCUCCUCCUGCCUCCUCCUGCCUCCUCCUGCCUCCUCCUGCCUCCUCCUGCCUCUCUCUGUCGACUCUACUUCUGCCUGCCUCUUCCUCUCAAGGCCGUCUCCGUGCCAUCACGGCCUUCUUCUGGCAGGCCUCCGGCUCAACAAUCUACCACUGUGCCCUGAGGAGCUGCUGACAUAAGCGCGGCGACGACCCCGAGUGAGCUGAUUUCCGAGGGGCUGUAGCGGAGUGGAGUGGGUGCGGCCGGAAAGGGGAACGCGGAAGGAUUGUUGGGUGGGGGGAAGGGAAAAGGUUGGCGGAAUAAAAAAAAGUG